GGCAUCACUUCAUUAUGUAGUCUUUCUGCCUAUAUAUCUUACUUAAAGCUGAGUAUGCCGCUUUCAAACCUCCCUUCUUAAUUAUCAUCUUCCUGUGGCCGACAAAGGAAGGAAUUAUCACCAUCAUCUUCUUCUUCCCCGCAAAACCUGCCCUCAAAAUGGAAACCAAGGUCCUCUCCUCUGGAAUGCCACACUCUUGCCUGCCCCGGAGUUAUAUCCGCCCAGAAUCAGAGCGUCCUCGUCUCUCUCAAGUCUCUUCAUUUCAGGAUGUUCCGGUUAUCGACUUGUCUUCACAUGAUAGACCUCAAAUUGUUCACCAAGUUGGUCAGGCCUGCAAGUCCUUUGGCUUUUUCCAGGUGAUUAAUCAUGGGGUGGAUUUGGAGGCGGUGAAGAAAAUGUCGGAGGUGGCCCAUGAGUUCUUCAGGUUGCCGGUGGAGGAGAAGAUGAAGCUGUACUCAGAAGAUCCCUCCAAGACUAUCAGAUUUACCACAAGUCACAACGUUCACCAGGAGAAGGUCCACAAUUGGUUGGACUACCUCAGGCUCCAUUGUUAUCCUCUCCACAAAUAUGUCCCUGAAUGGCCUUCUAACCCUCCGUCUUUCAAAGAAACGGUGAGAAAUUACUGCAUGGAGGUCAGAGAGUUGGGGUUCAGAAUAGAAGAAUACAUAUCAGAGAGCUUGGGCCUCCCCAAAGAUCACAUCAAGAAUGUGUUGGAGGAGCAGGGCCAGCACAUGGCCGUCAACUACUAUCCUCCGUGUCCGGAGCCAGAGCUCACCUACGGCCUGCCGGCUCACACCGACCCUAAUGCUGUCACAAUUCUCCUCCAAGACGUCGACGUGUCGGGGCUUCAAGUUCUCAAAGACGGAAACUGGGUCGCCAUUAACCCACAACCCGAUGCCUUCGUCAUCAACAUCGGGGAUCAAAUCCAGGCUUUGAGUAACGGGAUUUACAAGAGCGUGUGGCAUCGUGCUGUUGUUAACUCAGACAAGCCGAGGCUGUCGGUGGCUUCAUUCCUGUGUCCUCAGGAAGACGCUCUGAUCAGCCCUGCAGAACCACUCACGGAAGAUGGACGUGGAGCCAUGUACAGGGGCUUUACAUAUGCAGAGUAUUAUAAGAAGUUCUGGGGCAGAGACUUGCACAAAGACGCCAGCUGUCUGGAAUUUUUCAAGAACGAGUAAAGCUGUAACGCUCACGUGAGUAAAUGGGAAGAGUCCAGCCUCCCUUCGCCAUCCAAUUUUCACCCCUAUACAUGUUUUUAAUUUGAGUUCUGUGGUUUCAUUAUCAGAAUUUGAUUCGUGAUAUUGUUGCGUGAAGUCAGAGACUGUGAGGUUGAAGGAAUAGUGGCUAUGCGAGGGAGAGGGUGUGGAAGUUCUCAGCUUUCUUCCCUGUUAUGAUUUCUAAUUUCUAGACUAUUAUCAGUGCUGUUGCUUUGUUUGAUAACUGUCAUGUAUCAGAAGCUAUUAUCUGAGUUGUGUUAAGCUAUGCAUAUUAAUAAUUGCAGCUCUCAACUGUA